GGGGACGGGGCCAGGGCCGUGGCCAUGGGCAGCCGUGGGGCCGAGGGGCGGUAGCUGCCGGCGGACGGCUCUGGGAAGCAGGGUUUGGUGCUGGGAGAGUUCGGGCGAUAGCUGGAGCGACGGACAGCUGACCUUGGCCCCUCCCCGCCCACCUCCAUCCCCCAUCCAACCAUGACCUUCGUGGAGCUCUUGGCCCGCCUGGGCGGGAUGGGCCGUUUCCAGGUGACCUACGUGACCGCCUUGGCCGUUCCGUUGCUCAUGUUGGCCAGCCACAACCUUCUGCAGAACUUCACCGCCGGCGUUCCCGAGCACCACUGCCGGCUUUGGCCGGCGGCCAACGGCAGCGCCGGGGACGUCCCCCUCCUCAUCUCCAUCCCCUCCGACGGUCACCGCCGUCCCCAGCGCUGCCACCGCUACGUGGUACCUCAGUGGCACCUCUUGGGUGUCAACGGUACGGUCAACGACACGGCCAACGGCGGGGCGGCAACCGAGCCUUGCCGCGAUGGCUGGACCUACGACGACGGCGUCUUCGCUCACACCAUCGUUACCGAGUGGGACCUCGUGUGUGAGUCCAAGACGUUGAGGCAGGUGGCCCAAUCCAUCUACAUGGCCGGGAUCCUCCUGGGCUCCGGCCUCUUCGGGGUCCUCUCCGACAAGUACGGGCGCCGGGCGCUGCUGACGUGGUGCUACCUGCAGCUGGGGGUGACGGGGGCCGCCACCGCCGCCGCCCCCACCUUCGCCCUCUACUGCCUGGGCCGCUUCCUGGGGGGGCUGGCGAUGGCGGGGGUCUCCCUCAACUCCGCCUCCCUCUGCAUGGAGUGGAUCCCGACGGAAGCCCGCGCCAUCGUGGGCACCAUCAACGGCUACUGCUACACCCUGGGCCAGUUCGUGCUGGCGGCCGUGGCCUUCGGCCUCCCCCACUGGCGCUGGCUCCAGCUCGUCGUCUCCCUCCCCUUCUUCCUCUUCUUCCUCUACUCCUGGCUGUUCGUGGAGUCGGCCCGGUGGCAAGUGAUUUCGGGGAGACCCGACCUGGCCCUGAAGGGGCUCCGCAAAGUCGCCCGCGUCAACGGGAGGAAGGCGGAGGGGGACAAACUCAGCGAGGAGGCGCUGCGGGCCCUGGUGCGCCGGGAGCCGACGCUGCCGGGGGGGGCCCUGGCCACCCUUGUCCGCACCCCCGGGAUGAGGACGGUCUCCUGCGGCGUCUCCUUUGUCUGGUUCUCCACCAGCUUCGCCUAUUAUGGGCUGGCCAUGGAUCUGCAGGGCUUCGGGGUGGACAUCUACCUGAGCCAGCUGGUCUUCGGGGCCGUGGACAUCCCGGCCAAGCUGGCCUCGGUGCUGGCCAUCAGCUGUGUGGGGCGGCGCGUGGCCCAGGGGGGCUCCUUGGCGCUCGCCGGCGUCUGCAUCCUCGCCAACAUCGUGGUGCCAACGGAGCUGCAGGUGCUGCGCAUGGCCUUCGCCGUGGUCGGGAAGGGCUCCUUGGCCGCCUCCUUCAACUGCGCCUACAUCUUCUCCGGAGAGCUCUUCCCCACCGUCAUCAGGCAGACGGGGAUGGGCCUGGGGGGCACCAUGGCCCGCGUGGGGGGGAUGGUGGCCCCCCUGGUGCGCAUGGCAGCUGACGUCACCCCGGCGCUGCCCCUCGUCAUCUACGGGGCCGCCCCCAUCGUCUCGGCCAUCGCCACCUGCUUCCUGCCCGAGACCCGCAACGUGCCCCUGCCCGAGACCGUCAAGGACGUCGAGAGACGAGCGGGUCACCUCAAGGACGAGGAGGUCACUGUCCCCCUGAGCACCACCAAGAGCAAGGACGGCGUCUGAGGGGGGGAGAGGAUGGGCAUCGGGGACACCUGGGUCCUGCCGGGCCAGUGGGGGUGGGGGACGGGACCCCCGGGGUGGGGCGAGAGCCCCGGGGGGGGGACGACACAGCCCCCCACCCACGGUCCAUCCCCCCCCUCCCCGGGUGCUAUUUAUUUAAUCCCAAUAAAACCUCAUCGCAACGUCGGCGUUCGAUAUCGCUGCCCUCCCGGGGACCGGGGGGGGUCCUCGUAACCCCCCCCUCCCGCCCCCCCUGGGAACCCAGGCAUUCGGGGACCCCCACCCUAAUGAGGAUUAAUUUCCCCAAUAUAUUACCCUACGCCUGGGUCCUGGCUCUCAAGCUCCGGCCUUUGCCCCAAUUCGGGUGAUUUAGCUGCAAAAUAAAUCUGUAAAAGGAUUAAUUCACAUGUCAAGCCGGGGCCAGCGGGUGGCAAACGGCCCAGACGGGGCAGAUUUUACCCCAAAAAACAGGGUAGCAUAACCCCAGUAUCAGCCCUCAGAGAAGCCACAUCCCAGCAUCUAGACAGCUGGUUUUUACCCCAAACAACAGGGCAGCACAACCUCAGUAUCAGCACUCAGAGAAGCCACACCCAAGCACCUAAAUGGUCGGUUUUUACCCCAAACCCAGGCCUCUCCCGCCACACCACUGCCCCCAAACCCCCCAUUUUUACCUCAAAACAACCCCAAUUCCACACCACUGCCUUUUAAUCCAUUUUUAUUAUGAAAACAAGCUGUUUUGGUGUCACUUUUUUGUAUUUUUUUUUUUCCCGGAUAAGACACAACCGUGAAGCUUUGCUGAGGGGAAAUUGGGGUAAAACCCACCCGUUUUAGGGACAUUUCAACGUCCCACCCCCAACAGGGCGCGAAAACAAGGGAAAAACCACUCAUUUUUAACCAAAACGCUCUCAUUUUCACCUGAAUCGCGCUCAAGGGGGGGGAAGGAGAGAAACCACUGGGCUGGAGCCGCUUCAUCACCCAGAGCCGGAGGUUGCUUUUUGGUGUAGUGGUGGUUUUUUAGGGAUUUUGGUUAAUUUAGGGUUAUUUUGAUAAUUUUUGUGGCUAUUUUGGCUAUUUUUGGGGCUAUUUUGGUCAUUUUUGGGGGCUAUUUCAUCAUUUUGGGGGGCUAUUUCCGUCAUUUUGGGAGCUAGUUCUGUCAUUUUGGGGGCUAUUUCCGUCAUUUUCUGAGGCUAUUUCCAUCAUUUUUAGGGGUUAUUUCCAUCAUUUUGGGGGGUUAUUUCCCUCAUUUUUGGGGUUACUUCCGUCAUUUUUAGGUGUUAUUUCUGUCAUUUUAGGGGCUAUUUCCAUCAUUUUAGGGGUUAUUUCUGUCAUUUUUGGGUCAUUUUUCUGCUCAGGGGGCCGGUUUUGGGUUGCUCUGCCGCCGUCCCGGUUGGCUCCUCUCUUUUUGGGGGGUUCUGAGGUGAAAUUCAGGGUGCAGUGGCGGGGAGGGGGAGGGGUUCGGAGGUAGGUUUUUAAAGUUGAUUUUUAGAAAAAACAGGCACAUUCAGUCAACGGGACCCUUGGGGGCAGGAGGGGGUUGGGGGGGAUAUCGGGGUGUCCCCGCAGAGCCCCAAAACAGCGGUGUUUUCCCGCCUUUUCCUGUCAGCGGCGUUUUCCCGCCUUUUCCUGUCAGCGGCAUUUUCCCGCCUUUUCCUGUCACCGGCGUUUUCCCGCCUUUUCCUGUCAGCGGUGUUUUCCCGCCUUUUCCUGUCAGCGGCGUUUUCCCGCCUUUUCCUGUCAGCGGCAUUUUCCCGCCUUUCCCUGUCAGCAGCGUUUUGGGGGUGAAAGCGGCUUUUUCCCCCCAAAAUUACCCCACCCUCCCCAAACCCCAAAAACAAACCCUGUGCGACCGUGGCGGGCUGGGGGGCAGGGAUGGGGAUGGGGCGAAGCAUUUCUCCCUCUGCGCCACGUGGGAGCAAUGAAAAUCCCAAAAUGGAGGGAUUUUGCCCCGUUUUGUGGCGGCCGGAGGAAGAUGGUGGGGUGUAAGGCCUCAUCUGGGCGGGGUGGGGGGGGCUAUGGGGAGCAUCCUCCGAGGUGGGAGAGAAAAGAAAUGAUAAAAACAGGGAGAAAUAAAAGGAAAUACAAAUAAAAUGGGGGGCAAAAAAAAAA